AUGCUUGAAAAGGUCAUCAACCUUCUCACCAAGGCGCUCUCACCAGACCCGACCAAGCAACCUCCCAUGUCUGAGAUGCUCGCCGAGUUGAACGACAUGAACGAGGGCCUGCUCGAGAUCGAGACCCGGGGAGUCAUCUCAGCGGCGGCGGCGGCAGCGGUGGCUGGGGGAGGGCCGUUCCGAACGGCCAGCACGGACGCCGGAGAGACUGGUGUCGCCGACGGCCACGGAGCGCCCCACCCACGGUCGCCGGUGCCCGAUACCCUCGAGGCGGUUACGGCCGUUGCAGGGGUAAACAUCAUCAUCCCGGCGGUCAUCCCGGCGGUGGCGGUGAGCCCCGUCGUUUCGGAAACAGCUGACGGCAGUGCUGCUGCUGCUAAGAAGGGAGGAGGAGGCGGACGUUCAGCUCUUGCUCCAUCGGCGACGCCAGCCACCGACGGUCGGAGGUCGACCUCAUCCCGACCCAUCCCGGGAGGUUCCGUUCCCGUAUUGAGAGUUGUUUCUGGAGCACUGCCGUCCCACGACGGUCCCAGCGGCGGUGGAUCCAUGUUGUGCAGGUCGCAAGCACCGCAUCGGUUGUCCAGAGCGGAGUUGUUACCGGGUCAUCUGCGGCGGUGA